AUGGCUGGUGACCCUCAUCCACAGGUAACAGUUCCUUUGUUACAUCAGAUGGUCGAGGCGGGUGUAGAUGUGAUUGAACUCGGUCUUCCAUUUUCAGAUCCUAUGGCAGAUGGCCCUGUGAUUGCCCUUGCCGCAGAACGCGCAUUGGCAGGUGGUACCAAUACCUUAGAUGCUUUGAAUAUGGUCAAAGAGUUCCGUCAAAAGGAUCAAGAGACCCCAGUCGUAUUGAUGGGUUAUCUGAAUCCAGUUGAAGUGAUUGGUUAUGAAAAGUUUGUAUCGACUGCGCAUGCAUGUGGUGUCGAUGGCAUUCUACUGGUGGACCUACCGCCAGAAGAAGCAGCAGAGCUUGAUGUUGUAUUGAAGCAAUUUGAUAUGGAUCAAAUCUUUUUACUAGCGCCAACCUCAACGGACGAACGCAUUAAACAUGUGGUGAAACAGGCGAGUGGUUUCAUCUAUUACGUGUCUUUAAAAGGGGUCACAGGUGCAGCAACUUUAGACGUUGCUGAAGCUGCAAACCGAAUUGCAAAAAUUAAAGCAGAAACAGAUAUUCCUGUCGGUGUUGGUUUUGGGAUCAGUGAUGCGACAUCUGCCAAAGCAAUGGGCGGAGUGGCUGAUGCUGUGAUUGUUGGUAGUGCUUUUGUUAAGCAAUUUGCAAGCUUAGCACCAGAACAAGCCGUGGUUGAAACGGUUAAUAAAGUCAAGGAGCUUCGAGCAGCGCUCGAUGAUAUGAGUCAAGAUGUUAAAUCAGGGAAAAUCCUAAGCCCAUCGACGCCAUGGACUGAACGUGGUGUACCCGGUAUUCAAGUACCUGAUGAGCAAACCUCACUCAAGGCGACGUUUACAGAACCAACGAUUGAAUGCCCUGAGUGCCAUGCACUUGUUACACGUACUGCAAUGUCAUUUAACGCGUAUGUUUGCCCUCAGUGUGAUGAACAUUUGCGUAUGAAAGCCCGUGAUCGUUUGAAUUGGUUCUUUGACCAAGUGCAAACAGAAUUGGGACAAGAAUUUAAAGCCAAAGAUCCGUUGAAAUUUGUCGACUCAAAGCCAUAUCCAGCGCGUAUGAGUGAAGCACAGACCAAAACAGGUGAAACUGAAGCCUUGGUGGUGAUGCAAGGUUUACUCAAAGGUAUUCCUUUGAUUGCCUGUGCCUUUGAAUUUGACUUCAUGGGUGGUUCAAUGGGUACGGUUGUUGGUGACCGUUUUGUGCAAGCGGCUGAAAAAGCCAUUGCGGACAAACAACCUCUGAUUUGCUUUGCUGCUUCAGGCGGUGCGCGUAUGCAAGAAGGUAUGUUGUCUUUGAUGCAAAUGGCGCGUACUUCAGCGGCCAUCCAAAAAAUGAAAGAUGCUGGCUUACCUUAUUUGGUGGUGUUGACGCAUCCUGUUUACGGUGGUGUAACGGCAUCUUUAGCGAUGCUCGGUGAUGUACAUAUUGCAGAACCGAAAGCGAUGAUUGGUUUCGCUGGUAAACGGGUGAUCGAACAAACUGUGCGUGAAAAGCUAGAAGAGCCGUUCCAGCGUGCGGAAUACUUGCUUGAUCAUGGUGUAAUCGAUCAAAUUGUUCACCGUCACGCAUUACCACCACUUGUAACAGACUCUUUAGAAACAUGGCUCGAUUAUUGGGGCCAUGUUCACGUUACGGGGAUUGAUUUAGGAUUGGAACGGGUUAUUCCUGUAGCUGAAAAGCUCGGUGUAACGCGUCCCGAUGCCAAAGUUUUAACUGUAGCGGGAACCAACGGAAAAGGUUCGACCACCACCACACUGGCUGCCAUUUUAAAUGCGCAAGGCUAUAAGGUGGGACUGUAUCAGUCACCACAUAUUUACCGUUUUAAUGAGCGGGUUAAAUUACGUGGUGUAGAGGUCGAUAACCAAAGCUUGGUCGAUGCUUUUGUACAAGUGGAUCAAGCGCGCCGUGAUUGUGAUUUAAGCCUCUCGUUCUUUGAGGCGACCACACUCGCGGCUUUUGUCAUUUUUAAAGACCAAGCAUGUGAUGUUUGGGUCCUUGAAGUUGGUCUAGGUGGUCGCUUAGAUGUGGUCAACGUGAUUGAACCCGAUGUUGCGGUGAUCACCAAUAUUGGUUUAGACCAUACUGACUGGCUGGGCGAUACCAUUGAAAAGAUUGCCUUUGAAAAGGCAGGCAUUAUCCGUCCCAAUAUUCCUGUGGUGUUUGGCGGCUUACAACAAAUCCCUCAAGCGAUUAUCGAUAAAGCGGAUGCUUGUGCUGCAAAACUUUAUGCAGUGAAUCGUGACUAUUUUUAUCAACUUAGUGAGCAUGGUCAGUCGUGGAUGUUUGCAUCUAGCGGCACCACUUUAAAUUUACCUCUCGGCACAUUGGCGGUUGAGAAUAUUUCAACAGCUGUUGCUGCUGUUUUAUUGAGUGGUUUAACUGUCACUCAAGCGGCUAUUUCUGAAGGAAUUCAAAACGCAAAAUUGCAAGGUCGUUUUGAAAUUCGCCAAAUACAGAACAAAACGGUAAUUUUUGAUGCAGGGCAUAACCCGCAUGGUGUUGCUUUUUUAUUAAAUCAAUUGCGAAAUUUCCUAAAAUACAAUAAACAGUACACUGAAGUAGUCAGUGUUUUCUCGAUGUUGGCAGAUAAAGAUGUGAAAUCUGUCACAGAGUUAUUGAAAGAUUCCAUACAAAUGUGGAAAAUUGCGGCAUUAACUGUCCCGCGUGCAGCUCCAAUUGAACAAUUGGAUCAAGCGCUGCAAGGGCAACAUGUGCAGCACUUUGACAGUGUGAAAUUGGCUUUUAAAUCAGCGCUCGACGAAACAAAGAAUAAUCAGCUGAUUUUGGUAUGUGGUUCAUUUCAUACCUUAGAAGCGGUAUGGGAGUAUUUGGAAGAAUGUCAAUGA